AUGGAAAGACUCAAUAAUUACGGUGAUAAUAAUGCAACUGCUGGUGGCUAUAAGAUGCCAUUCAGACAAAACAACAUUGCAUUUAUGAGAGCGGAUGAGAAACCCUAUUAAAAAGAUCUCUCGCAGUAUGUUAGAACUGAUAGAGAUGAUGAAAUGCUGAGAAGUGCGUAGAGUCAGAAGAGCAAAAAUUUUUAUGCUAAUAAUUCAGUAGUGGAUCAAAUUAUAAAUAGUAAAAUAAGCGAAAAAGACCUAAUGCGCAAUGCUGGAGGGAUGUAUAAUGGAAUGACAUCUAAUCAGUACCGGCUGUCGCAAUCAUAGUUUGAAGACAGAAUUAGAGCUAAUUCUAGAAGUAACACACUACAAAUGGAAUAGAAACUUUAAGAUCACGAAAGAAUGAUAGGAUCUCGAGGAUCACAAAGAUUGCCACCUUUAAGAUAGGAUAGUUCUAGAUAGAGCUUGAAUUAAAAUCAAUAUGGAGGAGAUGAAUACGGUGGAUUUGGUUAUAAGUCAGAACAAAAUUCAGGACCUCGACAAAUGAAUGAUCCCUAAUUUGGAGCUAACAAGCCAAUAUUCUAAUCUCAAUUGGGUAAAAUAGCUACUACAGUCAAUUAAAAAGUUAAUGUCUAUGGAGAAGGGAUGGACGAGAUUAAAUACAGGACGGUUAAUAAGAUUCUUGAUGACUAUGAUGACUAAGAUAAAAUUAAAAGGCUAGAGGAUAAUUUGGAAAAUAUGAAGGAAGAAAUCGAACUUACUAAGUACAAAUAUGAGUAAAAGUAACUGAAUGACCUUGAAAUGAAGGAAAGAGAAAUGCUGAACAAAGCCGACGAACUAGAAAGGGCGGCUUAAGAAGACCAUGAAUGGAGAAACAUGAUUAGAGAUAGAAUGAUUCAAAUGAAACUUAAGAACUAAGAGAUAGAAAAAAGAGAGAAACAAUAUGAGGAAUAUAUUCAUAGAAUGGAGAGAGAGACUGAGGUUGAAAAAUUAGUCAGGAAAAAGCUUGAAAUAGAAAAAAUGAAGCAACAAUAAGACAUGAUGGAUGAACUACUAAGAAAAAAAGAAUAAGAGAUUAAGGGCAUAGGGACAUAAUUGGAGAAAAAAGAUAUAGAUUCCUCAAAUAUGCUUAAGAAGGCAAUUCAAAGAGCAGAUAUUUUACAGAAAUAAUUAGACUCGGGUGUUAUAGAUACAAAGACUUAGAGUUUGCUAGUUGAUACAAUUCUUGAUAAAAAUCCUGAAAAUGAGUAAAUAAGAAAAUAGAUCAUGGAAGAAGUUAAAGCCAAGAUGUCUAGAGACAAAGAUGACUAGCAGUACAAGAAUGAAGAAUUGCUUUAAUAGCUUAACAUAUAGCGUAUGAAAUUCUUGGAGGCUGAGAAAAUAAUCAAUGAAAAAAAGUAAGUAAAUCAAGAAAUCAUGAGAAGAGGUCUAGACUUCCUGGCUGAAAUUGAGCUAGGGAAUGCACCUCCACUUGAAUAUGUAGUUAAAAAUAUCUAUCAAAACAGAUAAGAUAAAGGUGUUCCCUAACAAUAGCCUGGUGGCCCAGUCCCAGCUAAGCAAGUAGUUUAAUAUAUUCAAGAUAAUUUGAGAGGAGAGGAGCAAAAGCUUUAAGAUCUUUAGGAUGAUUAUAGCAAGACGCUAGGAGUUUUAUAGCAAAGCACUCAGCUUAAUUUAGUUAAUCCAGAUAGAUAUAGAGUGUUUAUACCAGAAUACAAGAGGAAUUUAGUAGCACCAAUAGUAAAUGAUAUUUUGGAAAAUGUUUUCUACACGAUUUAAUAAAAUGAGAUAAAUUCAUAGGAUGUUAAGAAGAAUAUCAAUAGACUUAAGCAAUAGAAAUAAGCAAGAGAGGCUAGAAUAGAUCAGCUAGCUGGAACAAUAUCGAUAAAAGAACUAUCAUAGUAAAUACUAGAAGGAGUAAUUGAAUCAAUGGCAAAGUAAAUUGCUCAGGAAUCAACCAGAUUGAAUGAUUUGGCUAUGAUGAAAUCUUUUGAUGUUAUUGUUAAAGCUUUGAAGACAUAAAGAGGGUACAAAAACGGUGAACCAGAUAUGAAAAAGAUUUUAAUGGGCUAGUAAGCUGAGAUCAAGGUUUAGGUUGAGUAAGUAUAAGAAAAGAAGAAAGACAAGAAUGCAAAGGAUGAAGAUUAUAUUGAUGAAAAUGCUGAUGUUAUUGAUCCAAAUGAAAGCUUAGCCUAUAUAACAAAUGACUUUGUAAAGGAUAUUGAGAAAGAUUAUUUCACUCAAAAUGUCAACAUAGAGAAGUUGUAAAUAUUUGGAGGAACAUUAGGUAAUAAAUCAGGAGGAGUAACAGCAUUUGCCGUCAGUAAUAAUAAAUCAUUAGUUGUUGAGGCAAUCAAUAACGGCUAGAUACUUGUUUACAGUGUAUCAAAGAAUUAUGCUCUGGUUAGGAAAAUCAUUACAAAGAAUACUUAGGUCUACACUUAAGUUGAGUUCUCAAGAGAUAACAUAUCCCAAAUAUUAGCUGUUUCAUUCCCAGGAAGCAUCGUAAAAUCUUUUGCAAUGAAAGAUAGAAAUGAAUUGCCUCCUCUGGAUCCUAAUCUUGGUUAGCCGAUUGUCAAAUAACUAGAGCUUAGGACAAUAGUUGAUGAUUAGCCUCAAGAUUUAGUGCCUAACUAUGAAGUCAACUAUGAGGCUUUUCUUACCCCUGAUCUUAAAAAGGAUAAGACAAACUAAAAAGAGUAUGCAAUAAUGGUAUCAUAGCUUCACUCAUAAAUGACUUCUAAUGGUUGUUAAGAUUAGAUUAUUAUAUCAUCAAAGAAUGGAGCCAUUAUUAGGUUCAAUGCUAAUCCACCCUAAUCUCAAUAGCAAUCUUAAGGAGGAGAAAAUAAGGAGGCCAAAGAUAUGUUUAAGACUGCUAAUUCUAACGUUGAUUUCAUUCUUGGGCAUAAAGUACCAGUAAUAUUUUUGUAAUCUGUUGAAAAUCCUACAAAUCCUCUAUAAUCACCUCAGUUAAUAAUAUCAAUAGACGUUGCAGGCCAUAUCUUUGUUUGGAAGAAGCCUUAAGAUAAAGACAAGUUUCCAAGUAAACCAGCUGCUAAAUUUCGAAUUGGAAUGCAAUACAAUAAAUUUGUAAGAGCUAACGAAGUAAGGUAAUUCCCACCUGGUAAAGAAAAAGAGAUAGAAGCAGCGAAAUCAAUUAAUGCAAAAAUUAUGCAGACUAUCACGGCUUAUAUGGAGACAGGAAUUGUAUAUGAAGCAAUUAAAAGAAAGGCACUUGACAUAUUGGUUAAGGCCAAUGGUGGUGUUUAAACAUUUAUCCUCCCACCUGUUUAACCUCCUGCUCAAGAAGAAGAGUUAAAGGAAUUUGAAGAAUAUGUCUUUAAUGCAUAAAAUUUCAUCACAAGAAGAGCAAAUGUAAAGUACAAAACAGUUGAGGCUGCAGCUAAGCUAGGUUCAAUAAAAUCGUCGAAGAAUAAGAGAUUUGUGUGCAUAGAGUUAUUGAAAGAUCACUUAUUUUCAACAAAAGAUAUAUUCACUCAUGAAUUUGUGAUCUUCAGAAGUGAGGAAUUCAGACUUGGAAAGUAUAAGGCCUCAAUAAAUGUGGAGAAAAACGCUAUUACUGAUUUUGACUUAUCUGAUGAAGUUUAAAAUCAACCUCUUAAGAUAAUUGAUUUUGCGCCUGAAUUCGCAAAAGUUUCUAAAAAGAAGGUCAAAUUUGACAGAAUAACCAUAGGAAACUAUCAAGAAGUUUAUCUCAAUUCUGCUUCAUGGGAUGCAACAUUGCUUAUUAAGCUGGAAAAUAUUGCAACUCCAGAGAAGCACUUAGAGUAUGUUAAAAAUUAUUCAAAGUUAGCAGAAUGCUGGAAAUGA